AGAGAGAGAGACGAAACAGUGGAGCCAAACAGAUACACAAUUCAGGAUUAGGGUUACUCUCUCUCCCAAACUCCGCCCAAUCUCUUCUCUCCGCCGCGCGCAACUGUAACCGUUACCUAUAUAUAUAUAUAUACACACUUGAUCUCACUCUCAUCGUCUUCGUUGUGUGUUUUCACGAGCUAAGAUGAGUGGUGUUCAAGUCACUUGUUGCAACGAUCGAACGAGAAUGUAUUGGACUCCGACGAUGGAACGAUUCUUCAUAGAUCUAAUGUUAGAGCAUUUGAACAGAGGAAACAGAACAGGUCACACUUUUACAAAGCAAGCUUGGAACGAGAUGCUUGGUGUAUUCAACUCCAAAUUCGGGUCUCAGUACGAUAAAGACGUGUUGAAAAGCCGGUAUACGAAUCUGUGGAAGCAGUAUAAUGAUGUCAAGAGUCUUCUUGAUCAUGGUGGUUUCGUUUUGGAUCAGACUCAUCAGACUGUUACUGGUGAUGAGAGUUUAUGGAGUUUGUAUCUUAAGGCUCAUCCUCAAGCACGGGUUUACAAGACGAAACCGGUUUUGAAUUAUAGUGAUUUGUGUUUGAUUUAUGGGUAUACGGUUGCAGAUGGGAGAUAUAGUAGGUCAAGUCAUGAUUUUGAGUUUGAAGAUGAGGUUAAUGGAGUCAACAUUGGUGAAAGUAGUGGCGGUGUUGUUCUUUCGAGUAAAAAAAGCUCGAAAACUGAGUGGACUCCGGUUAUGGACCAAUACUUUAUUGAGAUUAUGCUUGAUCAAAUCGGUAGAGGUAACAAGACUGGUAAUGCUUUCAGUAAACAAGCAUGGACGGACAUGCUUGCUUUGUUCAAUGUUAGAUUUAGUAGUCAUUAUGUGAAAAGAGUUUUAAGGCAACGGUACAACAAGUUGUUGAAAUACUACAAGGAUAUGGAAGCUAUUUUGAAAGAAGAUGGGUUUUCGUGGGAUGAAACUCGGCUAAUGAUAGCUGCUGAUGAUGCUGUUUGGGAUUCUUACAUCAAGGAGCACCCACUUGCUAAAACGUAUAGGAUGAAAUCUUUACCGAGCUACAAAGAUUUGGACACAAUAUUUGCUUGUCCAGAUGACCAAGGGACUAUACCCCAGCCAGACCAAGGCAAAGAUCUUAGAGAUGAUGGUUCGGCUGUCCAAACAAGUGGGACUAAGGCUAGCCAAGUGCAGAGUUCUGACCGCACAAGGACAUUUUGGACUCCUCCAAUGGAUUACUAUCUAAUUGACUUAUUAGUGGACCAAGUGAACAAUGGGAACAGAGUUGGGCAGACUUUUAUAACAAGUGCUUGGAAUGAAAUGAUUACAGCAUUCAAUGCCAAAUUCGGGUCUCAACACUGCAAAGACGUUCUGAAGAAUCGGUACAAACACUUAAGGAGGUUGUACAACGACAUAAAGUUUCUACUCGAGCAAAAUGGCUUCUCAUGGGAUACAAGGAGAGAUAUGGUGAUUGCAGAUGAUGGCAUUUGGAAUACCUAUAUACAGGCAUGCUACAUUCUUUUUAUUCUUUUAAAGAUACUAGUUAUAUGGUUAUGCUUACAAAUGAAGCAUGUGCAGGCACAUCCAGAAGCUAGAUCAUAUCGAGUUAAAACUAUUCCAAGCUAUCCAAAUCUUUGCUUCAUUUUUGGGAAGGAAACGUCAGAUGGGAGAUACACACGCUUGGCUCAAGCUUUUGAUCCCAGUCCGGCAGAAACUGCGCUGAUGAUCGAAAAUGGAAGCACAGAUGGAUUUAAAGAUACUCUGGGGGAAACUCACAGUUUUCAGAUGGUGGUUUAUGCUAGCAACGAGAAAAAUGAUUACCUCUGUAGCAAUACCGGUCCUCCUUGUAUUGAAUGGACACAGGUCAUGGACCACUGUCUUAUUGAUCUUAUGUUAGAGCAGGUGAAUAGAGGAAAUAAGAUUGGUGAGACAUUUACAGAGCAAGCUUGGGCUGACAUGGCAGAAUGCUUCAAUGCAAAGUUCGGAUUGCAGACUGACAUGUUCAUGCUGGAGAAUCGUUACAUAUUGAUGAUGAAAGAGCGUGACGAUAUCAACAGUAUCCUCAAUCUUGAUGGCUUUACUUGGGAUGAGGAGAAGCAAACCAUCGUUGCAGAAGAUGAAUAUUGGAAAGCAUAUAUCAAGGAUCAUCCAGAUGCAACUAUAUAUAAAGGCAAAACCUUGGAUAGUUACGGCAAUUUGUGCAAGAUACAUGAACAUCUCUCCCAAGAUAGUUUCAAUUGUGAGAAUCUCAUGAUAGAGUUGGAAAGCUAUGGCCAUGAAAUAGUCAGUGACUUUAUUUCACCACACAAGCAGCAGAAUAAGCGACCUAAUCCAAUAACUCCACCUUUGGAGCUAACUGUACAUAAGGCUCAGAAGACCGGACUAGAGACGAGGAAGCCUCUGUUUGACGCAGAAGGUGAUGAUGAUGGUUGCACAAAGCCAAUUCCUCGGAACGAAAUUUACUCAGGAAUAGGAAAUGCCAUUGAUGCGUUGCAAGCUUUGCCUGAUAUGGACGAUGAGUUUCUGCUGGAUGCUUGUGAUCUUUUGGAAGAUGAGAGGAAAGCAAAGACAUUCUUGGCUUUGGACGUCUCGUUACGUAGGAAAUGGCUGGUGAGAAAGCUUCGCCCUUCAUCUAAAUUUUAAGCCAAUGGGUCCUCUCUCUUUGCAGCCAAUCAGGCAACCAAGAUAUAAAAACCAAGCUUUGAGCACAAUACAAGAUUAGUUUCUGUAAGGUUUUGUAAAAUAACAAUCUUUGUUUUGGUUAAAGGGUAUUGUAAAAUUUUGUAAUGAUCUUAGGUACUAAAUCUAACGCACAAUUGGAUAAUA